AUGGAUCUCAAAGUAGAAACUGAAGAAAUGGACUCAAAUCAACCUCCACCCAUAGAAGUUUUUGCGCACAGCUCGACCCUGCACGGAAUCUCUCACAUCUUCACAUACGAGCGGUUCUGCAUCAAACGCUGCCUGUGGGUCGUGUUUUUCUUGGGCUCCCUGACCUUCUUGCUGUACGUGUGCGUGGACCGGAUCCACUUCUACCUCGAGUACCCGCACGUCACCAAACUGGACGAGGUCACGACCCCGAUCAUGACGUUCCCCGCAGUCACUUUUUGCAACCUGAACGCGUUCCGCUUCAGUCGGGUGACGCGCAAUGACCUGUACCACGCAGGGGAGCUGCUGGCCCUGCUCAACCAGAGGUAUGAGAUCAGGGACAUUCACCUUGUGGAGGAGAGCGUUCUGGAGAGCCUGAAGGUCAAAGCCGACUUCCACAAUUUCAAACCACGACCCUUCAACAUGCGGGAAUUUUAUGACCGCACCGGUCACGACAUCAACGAUAUGCUGCUCUCCUGCCACUUUCAUGGCACUGAAUGCAGAGCAGAAGACUUCAAAGUGGUCUUCACUCGCUAUGGGAAGUGUUAUACCUUUAACGCAGGCGGUGAUGGACGCCCUCCCCUCAUCACCACCAAGGGAGGUAUGGGUAAUGGACUUGAGCUUAUGCUGGAUAUUCAGCAGGAUGAAUACCUGCCAGUCUGGGGAGAAACAGAUGAGACAUCGUUUGAAGCUGGGGUCAAAGUUCAGAUCCACAGUCAGGACGAGCCGUCUUUCAUCGACCAGCUCGGGUUCGGAGUGGCACCUGGGUUCCAGACAUUUGUUUCCUGCCAAGAACAAAGGCUGAUAUAUCUUCCCCCACCCUGGGGAGACUGUAAGGUGACGCCCAUGGACUCAGACUUCUUUGAUAGUUACAGCAUCACAGCCUGCCGCAUUGACUGUGAAACACGCUACCUGGUGGACAACUGCAACUGUCGCAUGGUGCACAUGCCUGGCGAUGCACCGUACUGCACCCCCGAGCUGUACAAAGAAUGUGCUGACCCAGCUCUUGAUUUCCUGGUGGAGAGAGACAAUGAUUUCUGUGUUUGUGAGACACCGUGCAACAUGACCAGAUACAGCAAAGAGCUGUCCUUUGUUAAGAUCCCCAGCAAGGCUUCUGCUAAAUAUCUCGCAAAGAAAUACAACAAAUCUGAGCAGUAUAUUAAGGAGAACAUCCUGGUUUUAGACAUCUUUUUUGAGGCUCUCAACUAUGAGACUAUUGAACAAAAGAAGGCUUAUGAAGUGGCUGGACUUUUAGGUGAUAUUGGUGGUCAGAUGGGACUUUUUAUUGGGGCAAGCAUACUCACUAUUCUGGAGCUAUUUGACUACCUUUAUGAGGUGAUAAAGUACAAGCUAUGUCGCUGCUCCGAUAAGAAGCACAAGCACAACAACAACAACGACCAGGGAACAGUCCUGAGCUUAGAUGAUGUCAAGUGUCACGUCAGUAACUUUCACUAGGCGUCUGCAGCUGUGAGGAAGAGGCACUCUCUUGUCUCUGAGCGGUUUCAUGAACUUUGUUCAUUGCAGUUUGCUGGAGCAGACUUCUGGAGCAACAGAGAAAGUGUCUGAAUUGUGCCUGGGGAGGGUUUGUGAGCAAUGAGGUGAAAACAAUAAUGUGGUUAAAGUAAAGAGACGGCCACGCAGACAGCAGGACAACAGAAACCAGGGAUCAUCUUGUGAUCAAUUCAAAACUGUUAGAAUAACUGCAUGGUCAUCUGUAAACAGCUUUUAAAGACAUAGUAACAGAUACAGUAAAUGGGGGCAUGAAUUGUUUAUGUUCAUGUCAUGUGUUCAGUUAAUCAGCAUUAGA